CUCAUCAGUAAGCGACAGAAAUGGCUGCCUGUGGGCUGUUCCGCUCCCUUUCUUCCAACUUUUCCACAGUUUUGCCUUUACUUACCCGCUCGACAUUGAUGUGUCCUUCACAGCUGGCCUCUAAGCCUUAUUUUGGAAGAACGCUAUUCUCUUCUAGUCGAACAUCAGCAGCACUUAAAUUCACAGACAAACACGAAUGGAUUCGAGUAGAAGAGAACGGAAUAGGCACAGUCGGGAUCAGCGACUUUGCACAAGAAGCUCUGGGAGAUGUAGUUUACUGUGGAUUACCUGAAGUGGGAACACAACUGGCACAAAAUGAUGAGUUUGGAGCUCUGGAAAGUGUCAAGGCAGCCAGUGAGCUUUACUCCCCUUUGACUGGAGAAGUUGUAGAGGUCAAUACACUACUGGCAGAUAACCCUGGUUUGGUCAACAAGUCCUGCUACAAAGAAGGUUGGCUGAUGAAGAUGACUAUUGGUAAUCCUGCUGAGCUCGACACACUGAUGGAUGAAGCCGUGUAUGAAAAAUACAUCCGCUCUAUGGAGGACUAACUCUGCAUCUGUAGUCAGUGCUACGCCUCCUCUCUGUUUGUAACACCGCUGACAGAGACGUGCACUACACGUGCCUCUCAGUUACAUCCUAUUGUUUAGCAUCUUUUCAACUCCAGGCUGCUGAUCUGCUCAUGUUGUAGAGUUGUGAACUUUAGAAAUUCUUUACCUACCUAAAUGAUUGACUUUAAGGAAACUUGUAAGUCUACUACACUGACUAAACACACCGUCAGUUUUUGCAGCUUCAAUUCUCAAACCAGAAGUUGAAAACUACACAGUCUGUAGAAUGGGUUCAUAACAUUUCAGUCAUGUUUAAAAAAUGGAAUCAUGUUCUCGUACACUGUUUAGAAUUAAAAAGCACUUUUGGUCUCACUGAUAUUAUUAAUUGUGCUGGUUGACACUGUGGAAUGGGACCCAUGUAACAGAAAAUAAAACAUUUCUUUACACA